AUGAUCUCACGAACAGCUCUACGCCGCUUAGCGGUCACUCGACCUGCAGCUUCUGUUACACCCCUCACCUCAGUUUCACGGCGAUGCGCCAGCACAGCAACAUAUCAGUGGGACGACCCACUUAACCUCGACAGCCUACUUACAGAUGAAGAGAAAGCGAUACAGGAGACAGCACGGUCAUACUGUCAAGAGAGGCUCAUGCCUAGGGUACUGGAAGCAUUCCGGAAAGAGGACUACGACAAGAAGAUCUUGGAGGAGAUGGGCGAACUUGGCCUCUUGGGCGCCACUAUAGACGGCUACGGCAUGCCUGGAAUUGGCAACGUCGCUAAUGGCCUCAUCACACGCGAGGUCGAGAAAGUUGACUCCGGCUAUCGGUCCGGCAUGUCAGUGCAGGGUUCAUUAUGCAUGGGCGGCAUCAACGACUUCGGCUCACAAGAGCUGAAGGACAAGUACCUCGAGAAGCUCGGCAAGGGCAAGCUGGUAGGCUGCUUCGGCCUCACAGAACCCAACCACGGCUCUGAUCCAGGCUCAAUGGAAACAACAGCCAAGCCACAUCCCUCGAAGGAGGGCUACUACUCCCUCUCCGGCUCCAAGACAUGGAUCACCAACUCACCUCUCGCCGACGUCUUCCUCGUAUGGGCUAAGCUCCAGGAGACAGGCAAAAUCCGUGGCUUCAUCGUCGACCGCUCAAUGUGCCCGCCCGGUACGCUCGAGACUCCCAAGCUAGGCGACAAGAACGGCCUCCGUGCUUCAGUCACAGGCAUGAUUCAACUCGACGAAUGUCCCGUGCCCAAAGAGCACAUGUUCCCUGAGAUUGAAGGCCUGCGGGGACCCUUCGCGUGUCUCAACUCCGCCCGCUACGGGAUCGCGUGGGGCGUCAUCGGCGCACUGGAAGACGCCAUCGAGCGCAGCAGGACCUACGCUCUGGAGCGAAAGCAGUUCAAGGGGAACCCGAUUGCCAAGUAUCAACUUGUGCAGAAGAAACUAGCGGACGCAUCAACAGACGCUGCAUACGGUUUGCUCGCCGCCUGGCAGGUAGGUCGGUUGAAGGAUGAAGGGAAGGCGGCGCCGGAGAUGAUCAGUAUGAUCAAAAGACAGAACUGUGAUCGUGCGUUGGUGAAUACGAGGAAUUUGCAGGAGAUCUUUGGUGGGAAUGCGGUCAGUGAUGAGUAUCAUAUUGGGAGGCAUGUCAGCAAUUUGUUUGUUACGCAGACGUAUGAGGGACAAAGCGAUAUCCAUGCGUUGAUUUUGGGAAGGGCGAUCACGGGGAUUCAGGCUUUUGUGUAA